AUGAGCCUCAUAACAUUUGCUGCUGCCAACUGCACACCACUGUCCAGCCUUGCCGAUUUACUCCCACUUCUCUAUUGCUAUUGCUGUCUUCGUCUUUAUUCAGACCCUUCCACGCCUUCUGUUGUUUGUCACUGCCUUGUUGCUUAUGCUCCUUGUUCAUCAUCAUUCUCACUGCACCCCCACCAUCUCCCUUCGCCUAUUCCCAUUCCGUCCCAACCCUCCUCUUUCUCUAUCUCACAGCCGUGUGUCAGACUCUUGACAAGGCAAUUCGUGUUCCCCAACCCCUCCUGCUCCCUCUGCCCCCCUCUGCCCCCCUGCGCGCCCACCCUCGCCCCUCGCAGCCGGCCGCGGAGGUGCAGAUUCUCGACGACGCCACCCCCCCUGCGCCUGCCAGCUGCCGCCUUCUCGCGCUGCCGCGGCAUGCGGGCGGCACCCUCCAGCUGCAUGCGAGAGGCGGUGGGCGGCAGGGGGGGAGAGGGGGCGAGGGGUGCAGAGGCGGGCGGUGAGGGUGGUGAGCAGGGCAGGCCCGUGGGCCUGGCAGACAGGGGUGAGCAGAAUGGGCACCGUAGAGGGGCUGCUGCAUGUGAUGAUGGGCGUGGGGGGAGGGGUGAUCGGAUCAGGGGAGGACGUGGAGGGAAUGGGAGGAGGGGGAGUGAGGAGGAAAGGGCGAGGAGAAGGGAGGAGAGGAGGAGGGAGCUAGUGAGGAGGCUUAUAGAGCAAGGUGACCAUAUGGAGGGAGCGUGGAUUGAGGAGGAGGAAGAGGAGGAAGAGGAAGAGGAGGAGGAGGAGGAGGAAGUGGAGGAAGUGGAGGAAGACGAGGACGAGGGGGAAGAAGAGGAGGCGGAAGAAGAGGAGGCGGAAGAAGAGGAGGAGUCGCAAGGAGACGAUGGGGAAGGGGAGGGGCGGGUUAGGGAGCGGCGCAGGGGAGGGGGCGGUGGUGGCAGCGAUGGGUGGCGCCCCUGCGGCGAGGAGAGGGGCGAGGAGCGAGGGUGGGGGCGAGAGGCCCCGCGUGAUGGAGAUGUGCGGCGAGAGGGGCGUGAGGCGGGGGAGGGCGAGGAAGGAGUGGGGGGAGGCGUGCGCCUGAGCAGACUGUUGGGACUGUUUGGCGUGCGGGAGGGUGAGGCGAGGACGGAUAGGGGAGGGAAUGAGGGGGAGGAGGAGGGCAGGGGCGGAGAUGGGAGGGGAGAUCAAGGUAGCGCGGGCAGCAGGAGGAAGAGGACAAGGUGGGAGGCGUGGGGAGGGGCGGCGGAGCGGUGGGCGAUGGAGGAGGUGCGGUGGAGGAGGCGGGCGGCGUGUGCGGCAUGGCCCCACUGGGUGUACCGCAUGUUCGAUGCGUUCAACCUGGCGAGGCGCGUGGCAGACAUGUGUGCGCAGCUGCUACCAGCGCAGGCGCAGCAGCUGCAGGGCCUGACGCGCUUGCCGGAGGCGCUGUCAUUCGUGGUGGCGGCCAACAUGCCCAUCAGCGACCGCCACCGCCUGCACCUACUACAGGUGGGGGCGACGGUGUACCGGCUGCAGAAGGAGAUUCGCCUGCUCGAGUGCAUCGACCACCUCCUCUGCUCCACCUGCCGG